AUGGCGACGUCGGGAGCGAACGGGCCCGGUUCGGCCACGGCCUCAGCUUCCAAUCCGCGUAAGUUUAGUGAGAAGAUCGCGCUGCAGAAGCAGCGUCAGGCCGAGGAGACGGCGGCCUUCGAGGAGGUGAUGAUGGACAUCGGCUCCACCCGGUUACAGGCCCAAAAACUGCGGCUGGCGUACACAAGGAGCUCCCACUAUGGUGGCUCUCUGCCCAACGUGAACCAGAUUGGCUGUGGCCUAGCCGAGUUCCAGAGCCCCCUCCACUCCCCUCUGGAUUCAUCUCGGAGCACUCGACACCACGGGCUGGUGGAACGGGUGCAGCGAGACCCCCGAAGAAUGGUGUCCCCACUUCGCCGCUACCCCCGCCACAUAUCCUUCACCAAGGGGCUCUCUCCCUAUAGUCCUGCCUAUUUAUCUCCUCCCCCGGAAUCCAGCUGGCGGAGGACAAUGCCCUGGGGCAAUUUCCCUGCAGAGAAGGGGCAGUUGUUUCGACUACCAUCUGCACUUAACAGGACAAGCUCUGACUCUGCCCUUCACACAAGCGUUAUGAACCCCAGCCCUCAGGACACUUAUCCAGGCCCUGCACCCCCCAGCGUCCUGCCGAGCCGCCGUGGAGGUUGUCUGGAUGGUGACAUGGACUCCAAAGUCUUUCUCUUUCAAGUCCCUGCUGUUGAGGAGAACUUGCUAGAUGAUAAGCACUUGUUGAAACCAUGGGACGCUAAGAAGCUGUCCUCGUCCUCCUCCCGACCUCGGUCCUGUGAAGUCCCUGGAAUUAACAUCUUCCCUUCUCCUGACCAGCCCGCCACUGUGCCUGUCCUCCCACCUGCCAUGAACACGGGAGGCUCCCUACCUGAUCUCACCAACCUGCACUUUCCCCCGCCACUGCCCACCCCCCUGGACCCAGAGGAGACAGCCUAUCCCAGCCUGAGUGGGGGCAGCAGUACCUCCAAUCUGACCCACACCAUGACCCACUUGGGCAUCAGUGGGGGCCUGGCCCUGGGCCCGGGCUAUGAUGCGCCAGGACUUCAUUCACCUCUCAGCCACCCAUCCUUGCAGUCCUCCCUAAGCAAUCCCAACCUCCAGGCUUCCCUGAGCAGUCCUCAGCCCCAGCUCCAGGGCUCCCACAGUCACCCCUCACUGCCUGCCUCCUCCUUGGCCCACCACGCACUGCCCACCACCUCCCUGGGUCACCCCUCGCUCAGUGCCCCGGCCCUCUCCUCCUCCUCUUCCUCCUCUUCGGCUUCAUCUCCGGUGCUGGGGGCCCCCCCUUACCCGGCUUCUGCCCCUGGGGCCUCCCCCCGCCACCGCCGUGUGCCCCUCAGUCCCCUGAGUUUGCCCGCGGGCCCAGCCGACGCCAGAAGGUCCCAACAGCAACUGCCCAAACAGUUUUCGCCAACAAUGUCACCCACCUUGUCUUCCAUCACUCAGGGCGUCCCCCUGGAUACCAGUAAGCUGCCCACUGACCAGCGGCUGCCUCCAUACCCAUACACCCCCCCAAGUUUGGUUCUGCCCACCCAGCAACACACCCCAAAGCCUCUGCAGCAGCCAGGGCUGUCCUCUCAGGCCUGCUCAGCGCAGCCCUCAGGGGCUCGGCCCCCGGGCAGGCAGCUGCAGUAUGGGACACUGUACCCACCCAGCCCCAGUGGGCAUGGGCAACAGUCUUACCACCGGUCGAUGAGCGACUUCAGCCUGGGGAACCUGGAGCAGUUCAACAUGGAGAACCCAUCGACCAGCCUGGCGCUGGAUCCCCCUGGCUUUUCCGAAGGGCCUGGCUUCUUAGGGGGUGAGGGACCAGUGAGUGGUCCCCAGGACCCUCACGCCCUCAACCACCAGAACGUAACCCACUGUUCCCGCCACGGCUCAGGGCCUAACAUCAUCCUCACAGGAGAUGCCUCCCCAGGCUUCUCUAAGGAGAUUGCAGCGGCCCUGGCCGGAGUGCCGGGCUUUGAGGUGUCAGCAGCUGGGCUGGGGCUGGGGCUGGGGCUGGAGGAGGAGCUGCGCAUGGAGCCACUGGGCCUGGAGGGGCUCAGCAUGCUGAGCGACCCCUGCGCCCUGCUGCCUGACCCGGCUGUGGAGGACUCGUUCCGCAGUGACCGGCUGCAGUGA